AGUUGGCAAAAGGUCCCCAGUGCCCCAGUUCCCUCUCAAAGGCUGUUCCGCUUGACAUUGUGCUUCGAACUUGCACCGCUCCACCCACAACUACAUAAACAUCCAGAGGCAUAGCGCCACUCACACGCGGAAGCCAGAGGGAACAGCUCAGAAUACAACACAACUCCCGAGUCGAACCGACUCAGAUCGCCCUCUCCUGCCCCGUUCAAUGUCACUCCUAGACGCUCAUUCGCGCUGACAAUAUGUCUUGGGGAGAAGGAAUGCAAGCGUCUCUCAAAGCCCUCAACAGCCCUUCAUCUUGGCUCCCUUCCUUCACUAGCCGGCCUUCCAACCUCUGUCACUGCCCGGAACCACUCACAAGCCCAGGGAACCUUUAUCCAGGCGCCGCGGCAUCGACUUCCAACUGGUGGCUCUCGCACGGGCUCGCGUUCGCUUUUGGCAUCUUGACGUGUCUGCUGAUACUCACGUUUGCGCUGGUGGCUUUCAUCAAGUGGCUGCCGUACUAUCUGGUCCCCCGCAAAGAGGAACGCUCUUUCUUCCCCCCUGUCGCGUCUGCAGAGUCUUCGACCGCAGGACCGAGUGUCAACGGUGCAACUGACAAGAACCUAGAACGAGCUGGGUGGUUGCGAUGGAGCGAGGAGCCUCUGACCGUCGCAGAACUGAGCGAGAAGGAGAACGGCGACGAUGAGGAUGGGAGCAACGGCGGCCGUGGUCUCAGUCGCGCCGACAAACACUUCCCCAAUCUCAACAAAAAGCGGAGCUUCACCGCAACAUCCAAGCAGAUUGUCGCAUCGGCGUCCAGAUCGGCUCAGUCCAUGUAUACUGUCACCCGCUCCGUCAGUACAUACAUCGCCAACAGGUUCAUGGGCCAGAAUGCAGCCGCGUCGGAAGCUGAUUUGCCGCAACUACGUGUGACGCCUCCCGUACCGCCGCGCCCACGACGAUGGCGAAACUCGUAUGCAGUCUUGAGAUACAGGACCCUCCAUCUCUAUACCUCCGACGACCAAAAAGAAUGCACUCAUAUCCUGCUGCUCUCUGAUUACCGCGUCAACCUAUACCCCGCCACAACGACAGACGUUGAAGUCUAUCUGCGGACGAAUCCGCUCUGCCUUGUGCCCAAGGCCAUUUCAAAACGGUGUAACCAACAGACCUUUUAUCUCUACUUUCCCACAAACUCAGACAAAGAGGACUGGCACAUCAUGCUGCGGCGCGCCCGGACGCUCCCGUCUCGCGCUGACGAGGGUGCAUGCAGCGUCUUCUUCAACGACACGGCGCCCGUAACCGCCUACCGCGUCGCCAUGGAGAAGCUCGUAAACACAGUCAACAAAACGCCCCAAGACGCAGCAACAGCCUGGUUCAACGCCCUAGUCGGCCGAAUAUUCGUCGGGAUCCACUCCCACCCAGCUCUGAAAGAAUGGCUCUUGGAAAAGUUCAUCCGCCGCUCCAUGCACAUCCGCCGGGAAGAGGACGACCAAGCCUCCAUCCUCGGCGACAUUGACGUCCGCGACAUCUCGGUCGGAAACAGCCUCCCCGUCCUCUCCAACCCCAAACUGCUCGACAUGACCGUCGACGGCGACAUGACCAUCGAGGUCGACGUCGAGUACACGGGCAAAGCACGACUGGAGGUUGCUACUCUCGCCACCAUCUCCAUCAACUCGUUGGAUUUGAAACCGUUACAGGUCCCGCUUGUCGUCGGCGUACAGAUCGAUCGCUUCGCUGCCCGCCUGCUGAUCAAGAUUAAGGGCAUGUGGGAGACCAACCGCGUCUGGCUCGGCAUCCAGCGGGAACCCGCCGUCCAGCUGGAGAUGAAGGUCGUUCCCGUCGUCGGCCAUAAGAUGAUUUCGAUGAGUUUGGUCAACACCGUCAUCGAGCGGAGGAUCAAGGAAGUCAUUGAGGAGUUCUUUGUCCUCCCCAAUAUGGAAGAUCUGGGCUUCUGGCCGACUCGGGGGUUGGGCGGGAUGUUUUGGGGCGACCCGGGGCGCAAUACUGGCAAUGAUAGCAGCUCAGAUAAGCGUGACACGCCGACCACGGGUACACAUACGGAUUCACACGAAGACGCCGACGACAUCAUCGACAACACAUCAUCGGACUACGACACCGCCUCCUGGCCCGAAGACGGGGACGAAUUCGUUAGCGAUGAAGACGAGGAAGGCACGCCCACCGCUCUUGAAGACUCCUCACAGCACCUCGAUUUGUUGGCUGCGACGCGUAUCGGGGAAGCAAUUGAGAGCUCGUUGCGCCCGCGGCCGAGGUUACGGAAACGGCAUACGUUUGAUGGGUUGCUGAAUGCGAGUCAGAGGGGGUUAGGUAAUAGUGGGGCGGUGGCGCCGGCGUCGUCGUUGAGAAACUCCGUUGUGUCCCCGUUCUCGUCGCCGUUCUCGUCGACUUCGCCUAGGGAUGAAGGCGGCGUCGGAAGUACGCAAUCUGAUGAUGGGUCAUCCACUCGCGCCGGUGACACGGGUGUAGCGGCCUCCGCUACGAGCGCCACCUUGACACCAUGGUACUACGAAACCAUCGGAGCAGCAGCCGACUACCUCGGCCGCACCUCGCGCUACUGGGGCGUGGACACGACCGUGCACCAUCUCGCGGAACAGGCCUCGGACUACGCGAAACCGGUCGUUGCGCGCGCGGGCGAGAGCGUGGAUGGGUGGAAGGUUGUGGUUGGCAGCGCGUGGGAGACGCUGGGGUCUUGGGUGGGUGGUGGGUUUGAGCAGGCUGCUGAGAGGGACCAGGAGAGAUCACCUGCCGCCCUUGGACAACCGCCGUCGCCGGAAUCCCCCACGUCGUCUGAGUCAUCCGCCACCUCGGUGUCACCUACCACAAUCGACCAAACAACCGUACCCCACCAACCCACCCCCGAUUCUGACACACCCUUCCCAUCCCUCCACCGCCGCAAAUCCCGCCGCCGAUCUGACUCCACCCCCGUCUUGCACGUCAUGGGUCUGCUGAGCAUCUCCACCCGGCCGCCGCCUCCAGCACCACUGCCUUUAUCCUCAUCGAGAACGGGAAGCCUGAGGGGAUCCCUCCCUGGAACGCCGGGGAGGCUGAGACGCGAGAAGAGUUUUCCGGCCCUUGGUGGCGGUGUGGCAGGGAAGGGAAGGGGACAUGAGAGGUCUGUGAGUUCGACGUCGGGUUUCAACUCGGUGGUAAGGGCAGAGGUGGGUAGAUUGGCGUAUGAGGGGGGCGGGGAUGUGGAGGAAGCGCACGUGGAUGUACCACAGUCUGUUACGGCGUCCUAUGCCGCCGCUGCUACACCGCCUGCCUCUGCUUCUACGUCUAUGUCGUCCCCAUCACUACCACCAUCUCUCGACACAUCAUCACAAUUGCAACCACCCACCACACCCGCACGACCCAAACCCCACGUAAAAGCCUACUGCCACGCCUGGCCCACCCGUUCCCGCAGCGAUUACGGCGGCCUGGCCCAUCUCGCUUCCACUUCAUCCCCCGCACAUUCAAGCCCAGGUACACCGCGCCCCGCCCUUCGGAGGGCAUACUCGACGCAGGUGUUGCGGUCGUCGGGGCUGGGGGCCGUGGAGGGGCGAGAGACGAUGGAUGUACCGGGUUCUGUGACGGGGAUGUCGACACGGGUGGAUGCUGAUGCUCGCGAGGUUGCGGCGUUUGAGGGCCGCUACACCACCGACAACACCAACGAAAGAUCUGCUAUCGCUGAGGAUACCGCCAACGCGCCACCGCCGUCGGUCCUUGACGCUUGGACCCAGCAUGCUGUCAGUACUUUGCCCCCACCGGGGAGAGAGACACCCGAAAGAGGAGAGCAGGAGACCAGCACCCUCCCGCACCGCCAACCACGCGCACCGGGGUUUUUGGACCUCGGUGCAUGAAGCUUUACGAAUGCGGGUACAUUUCGCAUAGGCUGGCUGAGUUUUGGGUCUUGAGUGUGUUUUAUAAAUGUGGGGGGGGUACCUGGUUUUCGAUACAUAUUGUACAUAUACUACCAAUAUUCCCUGUAUGGGAUUGUACAUCUUGUGUUUUGGUGAGGGAAUGUAUGCCGUCCGCUUGAUUAUGUGUGAUUGGAUUGACGUUGCUGAUCGUAUCUCACAGAGGCGAGGAUGGGAUUGCCUCACCCCUUGUUCGACGGAGGGGCGUAGGCGAACUUCGCCAUAGUCCCGACAGGCCGGUAGUCCCACUUUGUGCACCGGCGCCCAAGUUCAUGCGCUACCUACACAGCCUCGGCAUGCAAACUGAGGUGCUAGCGUCCCGAC